GGUGCGUGGCGCAUGCGCGGGGAGGUAGCGAGCGUGGCUCUGGCGGUGCAGGCGGGCAGGACGCUGUCGCUCGGAGACCACCGGCCCCUGGCAGCAAGUGGCAGCUUCGCCCGCCCCGCCCGCACAGCCUCUGGAUACGGACUGCUCGAGUGAGCACAGAACUGUUUACGGUUAAGUUUCUUCUUGCACACCUGCGGACCAGCCUGCCGAUUCCAAUAACUAAGCUGCUUUCCCUUCUCCCCAUCCACGAUGAGUGUCAAACCUGCUAUCAACAAGGAGAUUUUUGCUCCACACAAUGAGAGAAUGCUUGCGGCCGUCCAAGUCAAACGAAGAACCAAAAAAAAGAUUCCAUUUCUAGCAACAGGAGGUCAGGGGGAAUAUUUGACCUACAUCUGUUUGUCAGUGACCAACAAGAAGCCCGCAUUGGUUUCCAUUACCAAGGUGAAGCAAUUUGAAGGUACGACAUCCUUUGUGCGAAGAUCACAGUGGAUGCUCGAGCAACUUCGACAAGUGAAUGGCAUAGACCCCAACAGGGAUUGUGCGGAAUUCGAUCUUGUGUUUGAAAACGCCUUUGACCAGUGGGUUGCAAGCACGGCCUCCGAGAAAUGUACAUUCUUUCAAAUCCUUCACAAUAUUUCUCAGCGAUAUCUUUCAGACAGGAAGCCAGAGUUCAUUAAUUGCCAAUCUAAAGUGUUGGGUGGGAACAGUAUCUUGCAUUCAGCUGCAAACAGUGUUACAAGCGCAGUUCAGAAAGCCAGCCAAGCCUUGAACGAACGGGACGAGAGGUUAAGCCGAGCUGAAGACCGAACAGCAGAGAUGAUGGACAGCUCCCAGCAAUUUGCAAAAACUGCACAUAAGCUCGCAAUGAAGCACAAAUGUUAAGCAGUUGCCAACUCAACUGAGACCUCUACCCAUGAUGACCCGUCACACAGAGGGACAGAAGUUUAUGAAUGUACAUUUCCUUUAUUGGAAACUUAUUCCUUCAAACUCAAUGCUGCCAAUAUUAGAAUCUGUUUCAAUAUAUUUUUUAAUUUUAGUCAGCAAUGUGGAGCAAAAAAAACUACUGGCUUAAUCUUUUUCAUUGUUAGAUUUACAGCCUCUUAUCGGUCUGCAAUAAUUACAGGUGUAGACUUUCAUGGUAUGCAAACAGCUUUUAAUUAAUGUCAUGUUGUUCUAUACAAUAUUAGAGAUCUCAAUUUUAUUUCAAAGAAUACAGUUGAAAGUCUUGGAUACACAUCUGUACAUCAGAGUGUAGCUGAAUGGACUUUUGUUAUAGGAACUGGGCUACAAUAUAGGAACUGGACCUCAAACUACAGCCACCAAGUCAGUGACUGAGCAAUAUGCCAUGAUUGAAUGAUGUGACUCUUCAUUUUGCAAUCUACCUGUCGUUGUCCUUGCAACUGCAAAACUACACAGUGACGCUUCCUUACUCUCGAUGGAGAACUUGGAUUUCAUCCGGCUGUGAAAGCAGUGAAGGAAACAAGAAUUUAAAACUUCCAACUGGAGAUUAGCACAAGUAUAAAUAUUAAGUAGCAGCUGGAUAUAAAGUUAUUCAGGUAAUUGUUCCAUAUUGAAGAAUGUAUCUGUCACAUGUCAUAAGUGAAGGCAGUUUAUGAUGUGUCGUUUAGCUGAUGUCCUACAGCAGAGAACACUAUAUAAAAAUUGCUAUUGAUCUUGUACAACUAUUUAAAACUAAAGGCAAUCCAGUUACUUAAUACACCUUGUUAAUUCUGACUGUGACAGAGUGCUUACUGUGAGGUUUCUGUGCCUGUCUCUUCAGUGUGUGGACUCGUGCUCUGUUUUGCUGUUUCCAGUCUUAGUUGUCAUUAAAAGAUUGUACAACAGGC